AUGGCUUCCAAUCCUCCAGGUGCAUGUUGCUUUAAAGGCUUUUAUCAUGAGGGAACACCCAAAGGAACCUUAAGCGAUUUAUAUGGUAUUGAUACCUAUGUAACUGGGAGUCAAUCCAACGAAAAAGUCAUCGUUAUCAUAACUGACAUUUAUGGUCACAAAUUCAACAACACCCAGUUAGUUGCAGAUACAUUGGGUGAUGCCGGAUUUCGAGUCUACAUACCUGAUAUCCUCUUCGGUGAUGCGAUUGAGAAGCUUGACGGAUCUGUGGAUUUCAAUGAAUGGCUGGGAAAACACAACCCCCAAAAGACAAAAGCGAUAGUUGAUCAAUUUUUGUCUGGCUUGAAAAAGGAGAACUCUCCUAAAUUUGUUGGUAUCGUUGGUCACUGUUUUGGUGCUAAAUAUGCCAUUCAGCAGAUCCACGCUACUGAGGGUCUUGCUGACGUUUGCGCCGUUGCUCAUCCAUCAUUCGUGAGCAUAGAGGAGAUCGCUGCAAUUGGAAAGGAAAAGCCACUGUUGAUCUCUGCUGCCGAGAAUGACUCUAUAUUCCCACCGGAGUUGAGACAUCAGUCUGAGGCCAAGUUAGCAGAGAUUGGUGCCAGGUACCAAUUAGAUCUAUUCAGCGGGGUUUCCCACGGGUUUGCUGUAAGAGGUGAUACAUCAGAUCCAGUUGUCAGGUACGCUAAAGAAAAAGCUUUGGUCGAUCAAAUUUACUGGUUCAAUCAUUUCUCCGAUUAG